AUGGCAUUGGUCACCACGUUGGUCGUGGCAUUGUUCACCACGUUGGUCAGCACCUUGGUCAUGGCAUUGGUCUGCACAUUGGUCAGCACUUUGGUCAGCACUCUGGUCAUGGCAUUGGUCACCACGUUGGUCGUGGCAUUGUUCACCACGUUGGUCAGCACCUUGGUCAUGGCAUUGGUCUGCACAUUGGUCAGCACUUUGGUCAGCACUUUGGUCAUGGCAUUGGUCAGCACAUUGGUCAGCACUUUGGUCAGCACCUUGGUCAGCACGUUGGUCAUGGCAUUGGUCAGCACUUUGGUCAGCACAUUGGUCACCACAUCAGUUAACUACUACGCAAUCACAUACAACGAUUAA